GGCCCGCAGGCGGCCAUGGCGGCGGGCGCCGGGGCCAGGCCGGCGCCGCGCUGGCUGAAGGCGCUCGCCGAGCCGCUGAGCGCGGCGCAGCUGCGGCGGCUGGAGGAACACCGCUACAGCGCCGCGGGCGUCUCGUUGCUUGAGCCGCCGCUGCAGCUCUACUGGACCUGGCUGCUCCAGUGGAUCCCGCUGUGGAUGGCCCCCAACUCCAUCACCCUCCUGGGCCUCGCCAUCAACCUGCUCACCACGCUCCUGCUCAUCUCUUACUGCCCCACGGUCACCGAGGAGGCACCGUACUGGACAUACCUUUUAUGUGCAUUAGGACUCUUCAUCUACCAGUCACUGGAUGCUAUUGAUGGGAAACAAGCCAGAAGAACAAAUUCUUGUUCUCCUUUAGGGGAACUUUUUGACCAUGGUUGUGACUCUCUUUCCACAGUUUUUAUGGCAGUUGGAGCUUCAAUUGCUGUUCGCUUAGGAACUUACCCUGACUGGUUGUUUUUCUGCUCUUUUAUUGGGAUGUUCAUGUUUUAUUGUGCUCACUGGCAGACUUAUGUUUCAGGCGUGUUGAGGUUUGGAAAAGUGGAUGUAACUGAAAUUCAGGUAGCUUUAGUGAUCAUCUUUGUGUUGUCUACAUUUGGAGGAGCAACAAUGUGGGACUAUACGAUACCCGUCCUAGAAAUAAAAUUGAAGAUCUUACCAGUUCUCGGAGUAGUAGGUGGAGCAAUAUUUUCCUGUUCAAAUUAUUUCCAUGUUAUCCUCCAUGGUGGUGUUGGCAAGAAUGGAUCCACUGUAGCAGGUACCAGUGUCUUGUCACCUGGACUCCACAUAGGAAUAAUUAUUAUACUGGCAAUAAUGAUCUACAAAAAGUCAGCAACUAAUUUGUUUGAAAAGCAUCCUUGUCUUUAUACCCUAAUGUUUGGAUGUGUCUUUGCUAAAAUCUCACAGAAAUUGGUGAUAGCUCACAUGACCAAAAGUGAACUGUAUCUUCAAGACACUGUCUUUCUUGGCCCAGGUCUUUUAUUUUUAGACCAGUACUUUAAUAAUUUUGUAGACGAAUAUGUUGUUCUAUGGAUAGCAAUGGUCAUUUCUUCAUUUGAUAUGAUGAGGUACUUUAGUGCUUUGUGCCUGCAAAUUUCAAGACACCUUCAUCUGAGUAUCUUCAAGACUUCAUGUCAUCAAGCACCUGAACAGGUUCAAGUUCUUCCUUCAAAGAGUCAUCAGAAUAACAUGGAUUGAAGAGACUUUCGAACACUUGCCAUCUCUUGCUGCUGCUGUCACAUGAAAGGAGAUAUUAAACAUUUGUUUAAUUUUUAGAUAAGUGUUAUACAUAUUUCACCAAAUAAAAUAUUUCAAUGCUCACAA